AUGGAAUUGUUUUGUUCCCUGUUUUCUAUCCCGCACACGUUUUGUUACACUACACGUGCUCUCCGGUCAACUCCUUUCCCAUCACGAAACAACCAAUUAGGCUACGCCCGACACACCCUCCCUCCACACACACCUUUCUCAUUCCCAAACGCCAAUAACACUCGACGGAAACAGGUAUAUAAGGCCCCACCUCAUAUCCUACCGUAUGUCUUCAGCUUUCCGCUCCAUCUCCGGUAGGAUCGCCUCAAAUCUUCAUUACCCUGUCUGCAACCGCGCCGCAGCACUCACGAGACAACACCUUCAUUUUCAAACCAGAAAUAUACAACUUUCGUCGGUUCCUUCGUCAGCUCCUUCUGCAUUUCGCAGAAUCUCGGCAAGAAAUUACGCGACGGGCCCCAGAAAAGGUGGAGAAACCGGCGGCUCCAAGAAUCCGUUUCCCAUAAUCCCACUGCUUGCCAUCCUUGUGGCUGGUAGCGGAGGAUUCUACUUUCUUGUGCAGAGCCGCAAAGAGCCAAUGCCUGCCAUCGAAGAGCCAUCGGGGAAACCUAGGCUGGCAGCUGGGGACGUAAAAAAGCCGGCUUUUGGUCCGGGAGAAGUCUCAGUUAUCUUUGUCCUCGGUGGGCCGGGGGCUGGAAAGGGUACUCAGUGUCAGAGCUUGGUGAGAGAUUACGGGUUCGUUCAUUUAUCAGCUGGAGAUCUUCUUAGGGCCGAACAAAACCGUGAAGGUUCGGAGUUUGGCGAGCUGAUCAAGACGUAUAUUCGCGAGGGAAAGAUUGUCCCUAUGGAGGUUACCGUUGCCCUCCUCGAGAAUGCCAUGAGAGAUGCUAUUGCGGCCCAGCAGAAGACUGUGUUUUUGAUUGAUGGCUCGCUUUCCCCGCUUACCCUCUUUUUCGAGUGCCCGGAGGAUACUCUGCUGCAACGUCUCCUCAAGCGUGGUGAGACUAGUGGACGUAUUGAUGAUAACAUUGAGAGUAUUAAGAAACGCUUUCACACCUUCGAGGUCACCAGCAUGCCUGUCGUAGACUACUACGAAAAGAAGGGUAAGGUUGUGAGAAUCGACGCAUCAUCCACUCGGGAGGGGGUGUACUUGCAGGUUCAGAAGCAACUUGCCGAUAAGCUUAAGGCUUAGAUGACUUAUCAGUUUGUACUGAACGAUACCUGUGAGUGCUUUUGACUGGGCAUAUUGGGUUUCUUUUUCCGUUUGCCAAUUCACGCGCGGAUGGUUGUACUAAGACUUCUCGCCUUUCCUUUGUUGGCAAUCGGAGUGUUUGUUUGCUAUAUAUUUUUCGCUGCGGAUAUCCGUGUUGGGGUUGGAUCUUGGUGGAAGGGACGAGCGCUGAAGUAGAUAACUAUAGACCUGCUUUGCUUUGAUUUUAAAGGGAUGCACUGAACCCGAAAGCCAGAAUGCUAUAUGGUAUAUAUUGUA